AUGACGCAGAUGGAGGCCUCGCAAGUGAAGCGAGACGAUGAUGAGCGUAUGCUCGGAGCAAUUGAGUCUGGCAUGUUCCAUUCCGCCCUUGGCAACGGCCGAGGGGGUGCUCCGAUGCACAUCGGCGCGCUAGGUGAUUCUCCCGUGCAGAAAAGGGAUGUCCAAGACCGCACAUACAUGCAGCGUACGCAUGAGGCAAGAAUACAACCUGCACGGUCGGAAUGGGGCGUUCAGCGCGGCGAAGUGCCAAAGCAAACCCAGUUCCGCCUGCCACAGUUCGCAGCGGCUCAGGACUACGCGCGACGAAUGGAGCUGGUAGCACAGCAAGCGAUGCGUGUAUCAGAUGAGCGGCAGCGUAGGCUCACGAUUCGCAAGUUUGACGGAACAUAG